AUGGAGAACGACACGCCCUGCACGGUGUGCACAGUCAAAGGCUAUAUCGAGACCAGCAACCUCUCCGGCGAAGAAUGCCCAAGUCCCCAGUUUGACGCGUGCGAUCCUUGUCCAGGAUGCCGGGAAAUCUCCUCCAUCGACGCUCAAAUCGCCCAGGCUCGUGUCCUCCUCCAAAACCUCUACCUCAAACGUUGUGACGCCAAACUCAUACGAAACAAACACCACGACCAGCUCGUCCGCCGGCUCCCGGUAGAAGUCGUAUCGCACAUUUUCAUUCACUGCCUUCCUCAUAUACCACCACCACCGUUCUCGCUCUCCGAAUACGAUGGCCGCGGCAAACGCGAAGCGCGGCCUGAGCGCCCCAGACUGGUCGGUCUUUUCCUGGCGGCCGUCUGCCAACGCUGGCGCCAAAUCGCAUUCGCGACGCCCCAUCUCUGGACCGUCGCACGCGUCAAGAUAUCACGCCAGACUAUUGCUCUGGAUGCCAAGCUGACGUCCGAGUGGGGCAGUUACAAACCUCCCGUUGAGUUCAACCCCACGCCCAUCUUCGACGCUUUAAAUCCCCAUUUGUUCCGCGUGGAUGUAUUGGAAGUGCACACCGAGAGUAAAUACCUCGCCCUUCUGCACAGCGAAGUGCCAAUUCUCUCCCAACUAUACCUAUCUCUUAACUCUUGGGAGGUCGAAUCCUUCUCGACCGCCCUUCGUUUCGUGGGCACCGUGCCGAGCCCACACCGAGUCAUCCUCUGUGAGGCGCCCUCUUCAGCCGUCGGCAUAAACUGGGCGUCCCUGACGCAUUUCGAGGCUCUCUUUCUAACCCUCGACGAAUCCCUCCUCCUGUUGCAGAACUCGCCCCUUUUAACGUAUUUCAAUCUUGGGAACAUCACCAGGACCAGCACUCCCACCUCCGCCAGCUCCUCCACCUCCGUUGUCACCUGCCCGCAAAUCACCCUCGCUGCCCUCCAUACCCUCAUCCUCACAACAAGCGAGUCAGAACUACUCUUCCCCCACCUGGCCGCCCCUGCCCUCCAAACCUUGCAAACCAUGGGAGAGCUGCCCCCUCCAAUGCCUCACCGUGACGCGAUCACCAGCACCCAGGAGCAAUUCAUUGAAGUGCUCGAGAAGACCCCACUCCUGACCGAGCUGGAAGCGUGGUUGGGCCGGAUACACGACAGCUUCUUCAAGCGGUUGGCCGCAACCGCACGUGGCGUCCCGUACUUCAGAUGGUUGUCCAUUCCUCCUAUCUUCUCGUUGGGCAACAAGGAGAUGAACACCGACGGGAACGACAGCGAUUUUGUCCACCGGCCCCUAUCCACUUUCAAGCUCACCAUCUCCUGGUUUGAUGAAGACGAAACUGAUGCACCACAUCCAGGGCAAACACCCACCAAGGUUGACUACGAGGUUGUGGAGUGGCUCAGAGAACUUGAAAAGGCCAGGAAAAAGAUAAGUAUAGAGACCAAGCCAAAGACAAGUCCCUCUGCGAGUCUACUGUAG